GCGAGUCACGUGACCCAUCAUCGCAGAUGCGGAAGUAGCUGGUGUCAGGAGAAGACCCUUCUGUCAAGGGAAUUAACUGCUGGUGUUUACCGUCAGCUCAGGAAGAUGAGCGGACGGAGAGAAGCCCGGGGCGGAGGGAAAGGCACUGCUCCUAAAGGGGCACCGUUCCUCUUGGAUGGAUUCCUUGGAAACGGAGAUUCGGGAGAUGAAGGAAGUUUGGAGGCCGAGUUGCUGGCUCUGACCGGAGGCCGUCCAGCUGGGGGCAAAGAAAAACCCAAGGGGAAAACCCCUUUGCCUAUGGAGCACAUUGAGAAGAUGGCAGCCUUGUGCAUGCAGGACCUCGAUGAGGAGGACGACGAAGAUAUGGAGGACGACGAGGAUCUGCUGGCGGAGUUGGAGGACGUUCUAGGAGAUGAAAAAGAGGAGCAAAGUAUUAUCUCCAAUACUUCUCAGACCGUGUCAAAAUCCCCCCAGCCCGCGACCUCCUCGGACGGCAGCAUGGAGGACACGCUGGUGGAACGGUUAAGCAUGUACAAGGAGGCGCUGACUAACGCCAAGCAAUCCGGCGAGGGAAGCAAAGUCAGGAGAUACGAGAGAGGGGUGAAGACUUUGGAGGACCUGCUUCGGUCUGUCAAGAAAGGGAAGUCUGUCUCUCCUGAGGACAUCCCUCCUCCAGUGGCUUUGGGGAAGGUCCAGAGUCCUCCUGUCCCGUCGCCUACGCCCCUAGUGUCGCCGGACCCACCGGCAGAGCAGCCCCCGGCAGCUCCUGCGAGCAGACUGCCCCCUCCAGUCCCGGCGCGGACUAACCUUCCUCCUCCUGUUCCUGUAAAGCACCAGAGCCCCCCUCAGCCCCUGAUACCGGUGACCUCAAGCUCAGUGGCUGCGCCGAGCCCAGGGUCCGACGAAGACAGGAGGCGAGUCCUCGAGCGCCAGAGAGAGUAUAAACUGGCAGCCUUACGCAGCAAGCAACAAGGAGACUCUGACAUGGCCAGCAAGUACUACCGCGUCGCUAAGUCCCUGGAUUCCGUGCUGUCAUCGCUGGAUUCUGGACAGAAGAUGGAUCCGCAAUCCCUGCCCCCUCCUCCAGAUCAGCUGCCCCUCGGCAAGCCCGACCCCCCGAAGUCGCCGGUCAGCCCUACGCCUCCAGCGCCAGCUCCAGUCCCACCCACUGGCCCUCCUGCCCCUCCCCGGGACACGCUGGAUGCUCUGCAGCAGAGAAUGGAGCGUUACCGCAGUGCUGCAGAGCAGGCGAAAAGCAAAGGGGACGAUCGCAAGGCUCGCAUGCACGAGCGCAUCGUGAAGCAAUAUCAGGACGCCCUCCGAAACCACAAAGCCGGGAAGCCGGUCAACCUGGCGGAACUGCCUGUGCCCCCUGGCUUUCCUCCAAUCCAGGGGUCGGAACCACAGAACCAAGAACAGAGCAUCGUAGGCGUGUUGGAGACGGCCAUGAAGCUGGCCAACCAGGGAGAUGGAGGUGGAAGUGAUGAUGACAGCGAAGAUGAGAAGGGAUCGGCGAAUAAAAUAAAAGCUGCUCCUCAUUCAUUGCCAGCUUCUCAGCCCCAGUCAGCAGCUCAGAAAGUCUCCCCUUCCAAGAGUCCGAAACCCUCCGGCAAAGCCCAGCAGCAGCUCGAGUUCCUCGAAGGCCGGAAGAAGCAGCUGAUGGCCGCGGCCCUUCGAUCCAAACAGCAUCGGGACCUGGAAGGCGCCAAGAUGUUCCUGCGGCAGGCCAAAGGCUUGGAGUCCAUGAUCGAGGCUGCGCGCGGCGGGCUCCCUGUGGACAUCAGCAAGGUGCCGUCGGCCCCGGUACGCGAAGAGGAUUUCACCCUGCAGAGGAAAGGGGGCGCUUCGUCUCAGAAUAGCGAGAUGUACCUAAAACUGAUGGAGAAGUUAAAGCAGCAGCAUGAGAUGUGCAUGUCGUAUUCCCAGCAGUUCACUCACCUCGGGAACAUCACGGAGACUGCCAAGUACGAGAAGCUGGCGGAUGAGUGUAUGAAGUACAUUGAUUUACUGAAGCAAGCUCAUUCCCGGGGUCUUCCCGUCCCUCGCUAUCACCACGAGGAGAGGACCGUGAGCAUCGUCAAGAUAUUCCCAGAGCUGAGUAACUCGGACCUGGUCCUGGUCGUGACGAGAGCCGUCAACCUCCCGGUUCCUGCAGGGACGUCUCCGCAAGACAUGGACACCUUCGUGCGUUUCGAGUUCGGCUACCCCAGCCUGGAGGAAGCUCAGAAAGACAAAACCAGCGUCAUUAAGAGCACAAACUCCCCAGUGUAUAAGGAGAAGUUUACUUUACAAAUUAACCGCAAUCACCGAGGUCUGAAGAGAGCGAUCCAGGCUAAGGGCAUGAAGUUCGAAGUUGUGUUAAAAGGGGGUCUCUUUAAGCAGGACCGCACGCUGGGGACGUCUCAUCUGAAGCUGGAGGCUCUGGAGUCUGCCUGUGAGAUCCGGGAAAUAUUGGAGGUCAUGGACGGACGGAAACCCACAGGCGGGAAGCUGGAAGUGUGCGUCCGGGUCCGGGAACCCCUCACGUCGCAGCAGCUGACCAGCAGCACCGAGAAAUGGCUGGUUAUAGAGCCUUUCACGUUACCGCCGGUCUCUGCUCCGAAACCCAAGCAGCCGACCCCAGUGAAGUCGCCGGUCAGCAGUGUCCCCACGCUCUACUGUUUGAGCGUUUUGUCUUACGAGAAGGAGAAGCUGGAGAAGAAGGUGCACAUGUACAGGCAGCAGCGUCACAUGGUUCCUGAUGACCUCAUCGCUCAGCUCAACGAUGUCACACAACGUAGCCAGCAACAGAUAAUGCAGUUGCGACAGGGGGGGCCAUCUAUCCGAGCCGAGUAUGUUCGCCAGCUAAAUCGCUACCUGCAGUUUUAUGGCGACUCGGCACGCCGCCUCGGACAAGAAGGAAACCGGGAGGGAGCAAAAGAAGCUUUAUACAAGAGAAAUCUGGUUAACAAUGAGCUCCAGAGAAUGAACCAAUGAGAAAUUGACUCCCAGCGAAGACUUCUCAUAACCCCACGUAGGGGGGAACCCCAGUGCCUUAUUGCGCCCAACGUAACCGGACACCCAGCCGAGCGCUGACUCCCAUCACUCUCUCUCUCUCCGGCCCUGGAAUCUGCUGGACGAGUUACGACAAUCAAACCUUUUUUGCACACUUUGAGGCAAAACAAUACACUACCAAAGAUACCGACGGCGCGCAUGGCUGUGUGUGUGUACACGUAACCACGCUAAUCAUAUUCCAGUAACAUGCACUAUAAUCCGUUGCUUUGAGAUGCUGCGCGUUGUAUGCAUGCGCGCACGUGAGCACUUUCCUUUGUGACUUCUUUAUGAUGCUAAUCGUAUUGGGGAUUUUUGGCUGCUCUGACACUAAUUAAAAGAAUAUUUUCAAAA